AUGGCUGCAAGUGACGAGUCGAAUUAUUCCAGCAAUGAGGACGGCAAACCCGAUUUUGCUGCAAAAGCUCAUGGUCGCCUUUUGCAGUUGAAGAAGGGGCGAGAUGAGCGCAUGAAUGCUAUUGUUCAGGAGUCGGCUACAGAGAUGGACAAGUUACGCAGCAGCAUCGCCAGGUUUCAACAAGAUCGACGAACAAAAGAGUAUACAAUCCAAAAGAGCUUGAUCUCAGGGAUACAACUGACGAUUGGCAGAGUGCGCGCGGUUGCCAUUUCUGUGACCAGGAUUAUGGAAGCAGUAGAGCGCAGGAAAGGCAUUGAGCAGCAGAUGGAAACACUCGUUUCUCGGCUAGUCAACAAGACCCAGGAAGUUGAGUCCAUGAUGAAAAUAGGCCUUCGGGGAAGGGAAGACGAUAUAAAGAAGACUAAAUGA